AGCCAUUAGAGAUAAGAAGAGAGAUAGAGAUCUGAUCAUUUUGAAGAUUAUUAUAAAAAAUGGCAUCAUCGGAGCAAAAGUUGGUAGAGGAAAACGGGUCGGUGAUCUCAAGCUUGUUGGAUAAAGCCAAAGGUUUCAUUGCGGAGAAGCUAGCUAAUAUUCCGACGCCGGAAGCCACCGUUGACGACGUUGAUUUCAAAGGCGUGUCACGUCAAGGUGUUGAUUAUCACGCCAAGGUCUCCGUCAAAAAUCCUUACUCUCAAUCCAUCCCUAUUUGUCAGAUCUCUUACAUCCUCAAGAGUGCCACAAGGACUAUCGCGUCUGGCACAAUACCGGACCCGGGUUCGUUGGUUGGGAAGGGCACGACGGUUCUGGACGUACCGGUUAAGGUGGCUUAUGGCAUAGCGGUUAAUCUAAUGAAGGACAUUGGCUCGGACUGGGACAUUGACUAUCAACUUGACAUUGGUCUAACCAUCGACAUUCCUGUUGUUGGUGACAUUACCAUUCCUGUCUCUACUAAGGGGGAGAUCAAGCUCCCUUCUCUUCGCGACUUCUUUUGAUUUCAACUAUUAUUUUCUUAAUUAUAAUCCAGUCUUCAAUAAAACAUAGACGAUUGCAUAUUUCAGUUCUGGAAUUCUCUUUUGUUGGUUUUGUUAUUGGGUUGUUGAAUACUUUUAUUGGCUAUGCAUGUUUCCAUGGAAUGUGAUUUAUAAUUUUAAUUAGAUGUAUGCGUACAGCCGUAAUUGCCUUGUAUGAAUAUGACUAUAAAAUCUAUAUCUCAAAAGAAUGCUUGGACGUAUAGCCGGUUCUGACCAUAGUAUGAUGAAACAUUUGCAUUGAUUUCUAAUUUUUUUCUAAAAAUUAAUAUAGGUAGAUUUGAUGGCUCUUAAAUUAUGAAGAAAAAUUAUUAAAACUUAUGUUAAAAUGUUUAUAACCACGAAAGCUCUGCUCCGACGCUGGUG